UUCUUUCUCUUCAUAAUCAUCUUUUUUCUCUUCUUAAUUACUAUUACUGAUCCUUAAUCUCAAACCAUCAUUUUUCUUACUACCAUCAUCCAUGGCGGAGGAGACCCAGAAGCCAGCCGCGGCACCCUCGUCCACUACGGUAGAGGAAGUCGUUGUGGUGGAGAAGCCGCUUGUUACUGAGAAAGAAUCACUGCCGUCUGCACCUGAGCCUGAAUCACCCGAAAAGCCAGCUGCGGCGGUCGCUACUCCUGCAGAAGCGGUGGCUGUUGAAGAUGCUGUCGUUGAGGCUUUGAAAGAGGAGACCAGUGGUGAUAAAGCUGGUGAGGAGGAAGUGAAAAUUUCUCAGUCUGUUUCUUUUAAAGAAGAAACCAACGUUGUUGGUGAAUUACCGGAGGUUCAAAAGAAAGCUCUUGACGAGUUGAAGCAGCUUAUUCAAGAGGCUCUUGUUAAGCAUGAGUUCACUGCUCCACCGCCGCCGCCGCCUCCUCCUGCCGCUGCUAAAGAGGAGGAGAAGGCUGAGAAAACUGAAGAGCCGAAGGUGGAGGAGGUGAAAGUAGCUGAAGAGAAAACUUCCACUGAUGCUCCGUCGACCAGCGAGGAAGCUAAACCGGUAGAAGCUGAAACUGCUCCGGUGAAAGCGGAAGAGAAGGCUGUUGAAGAGAAAAAAGAGGAGAAAGUUGAAGAAAAAGCCGUCGUACCAGCCGAGGCCGUCGUGGUUGCAGAGACGAAGGUUACUACCGUUGUUGAUGAAGACGGAGCCAAGACAGUUGAAGCAAUUGAAGAAACUGUCGUACCCGUUUCCGCUCCUGUGCCGGCGGAGGAGCCAGCCGCGCCAGCUAAAGAAGCCGAGACAACUCCGGCAGCAGAAGAGGAGCCCAAAACAGAGGAAACACCCGCUCCACCACCGCCACCGGAAGAAGUUUUCAUCUGGGGAAUUCCGAUUCUCGGAGACGAGAAAAGCGACGUAAUCCUGUUGAAAUUCCUCCGCGCUAGGGAUUUCAAGGCGAAGGAUGCUUUCACCAUGAUCAAGAACACCGUACGCUGGAGAAAAGAGUUCGGGAUCGACGCUCUUCUUGAAGAAGACCUCGGAAAUGAAUUAGAAAAAGCUGUGUUCAUGCACGGGUUUGAUAAAGAAGGACACCCUGUUUGCUACAAUGUUUUCGGUGCUUUCCAGGAUAAGGAGCUUUACCAGAAUUGCUUCUCCGAUGAGGAAAAGCGUGUUAAAUUCCUCCGGUGGAGGAUUCAGUUCUUGGAGAAGAGUAUCAGGAAUCUUGAUUUCAGCCCUAAUGGAAUCUGCACAAUUGUUCAGGUCAAUGAUCUCAAGAACUCCCCCGGACCUGCUAAGAGAGAGCUGAGGCAAGCCACUAAUCAAGCACUUGCUAUUCUUCAAGACAAUUAUCCUGAAUUUGUGGCUAAACAGGUGUUCAUCAAUGUUCCAUGGUGGUACCUUGCAUUUAAUAGGAUGAUUAGUCCUUUCCUGACACAAAGGACUAAGAGCAAGUUUGUAUUUGCUGGUCCAUCCAAAUCUGCAGAGACCCUUUUCAAAUAUGUGUCUGCUGAACAAGUGUUGGUUCAGUAUGGUGGAUUAAAAAGGGAAGGUGAUCAAGAAUUUGGUGUAAAUGACUCUGUCACUGAGGUUACAAUUAAGCCAGCUACUAAGCAUACUGUUGAAUUCUCAUCUUCUGAGACAUGUCAGCUGGUUUGGGAACUCCGAGUUGUGGGAUGGGAUGUGAGCUACGUAGCCGAGUUCGUGCCGAGUGCGGAAGAUGGUUACACUGUUAUUGUAUCAAAGACAAGGAAGAUUAGUUCAACAACUGAUGAGCCUAUAAUCAGUGACUUGUUCAAGAUCAGCGAACCGGGGAAAGUUGUGCUCACCAUUGAUAAUCAAACCUCCAAGAAGAAGAAGCUUCUCUACAGGUCUAAGACCAAACCACUCUCUGAAUAAAGCUAAUUCAAUCAUCAACCAAAAUUAGAAGAACAUGACAUGGAAUUGAAUUGCUGAAAUAUUUCAGGGGGUCUUUGUGCUUUAAAGGAAAAAACAGGGGUCUUUUUGUAUUUUUACUUGUUUAAAUUUAAAUUUUUGUUUUUAUAAAGUUUGGGCAUUUAUUGAUAAUUUUUUUAUUAGUUUUUUGAUUGGGGGAGUUUUUGUUAUUGUGUUGGAUACAACAUAUUACUGGUGAAGGACAUGCAUUGUAUAGGCACAUUUCUGGUAUCUGUAUUGUGGAAUAUAAAUGUGUUAAAUGUGUUACUAUUCUUCA